GAGAGUUUGCUCUGCUUUUUCUGCAAUUCAAGAUAAGAAGAAGAGAGUGUCUUUAUUCUCAAACACAAAGAAGAAAACAGUAACCAGCAACAACGAUGUCCACGCUUACCAUUCCUCCAGUUCUCUCCUCACCUCGUGACGAUGCUGUUCAGCUCUACCGUGCUUUUAAGGGUUUUGGUUGUGAUUCAGCAGCAGUAAUUAAUGUUCUUGCUCAUAGAGAUCAAACACAGCGUGCUCUUAUCCAACAAGAGUACAAAGCAAUGUAUUCUGAGGAACUUUCAAAACGCUUAACAUCAGAACUUAGUGGCAAAUUGGAGACUGCAGUUCUUCUCUGGAUGCAUGAUCCGGCUGGACGUGAUGCGCUGAUCGUCAAGCAGGCACUGAAUCCAGACAUACCUGAUCUGACAGCUGCUACUGAAGUUAUAUGUUCACGCACCCCAUCUCAGAUACAGCAUUUUAAACAUAUAUACUAUUCAAGAUUUGGAGUGUACCUUGAAAAUGAUAUUGAAAUUUACACUUCUGGGGAUCAUCAAAAACUCUUACUAGCAUAUGUGAGCACACAGCGAUACGAAGGACUGGAAGUUGAUAGAGAAAUGGCAAUGAAGGAUGCAAAGCAUUUGUACAAAGCAGGGGAGAAGAAAUUAGGAACUGAUGAGAAGACUUUCAUCCACAUAUUCAGUGAACGAAGCAGAUCGAAUUUGCAUGCUGUUGCUUCGGCUUAUCGUGACAUGUAUGGCUCACUUAAAAAGGCAAUAAAGAGUGAAACAUCUGGACAUUUUGAGCAAGGUCUUUUGACAAUACUCCGUUGCUCUGAGAAUCCUGCAAAGUAUUUUGCAAAGGUUUUGUACAAGGCAAUGAAAGGUCUGGGAACCAAUGACUCCACACUGAUUAGGGUAAUUGUGACUAGGACUGAAAUAGAUAUGCAGUACAUCAAGGCUGAAUAUCUCAAGAAGUACAGGAAGACAUUGAACGAUGCUGUUCAUUCUGAAACAUCAAGUCAUUACAGGACCUUUCUGCUCUCCCUUUUGGGUCCCAACCAUUAGCCAAACUAUAGGCUGGUUAGUUUGUGUGCAUGGGUGAAGAUCACUAAACUCUUUCAAGUUGUAGCUAAAAAUAGCACAGCUUUGAUUUACUAUUAUGUAAUGUUGUAUUAGCUUACAAAGCUUUGUGUUUGUUUGUUUAAGAACUUGUUAACCUGGUAGAAUGGACCAAUUCGCUCACUAGAACUGAAGUUUUGAAAUCUAAAUUUGAUUGGAAUCCAA